GUUCGCUUUGGACUUUGUCACUUUGUAAUUUUUCCGCAAAACAGAGGGUUUUUUUUCUCCCGUGUGUUUGCAACACAACAUAAUUAAAGGAGAAAUCAUGCAGAUACCACCAGCGCAUUGCUUCUUGGCUGUGUACCUCACGCUGUUUGGAUACCUUGGGGACGUUUACACGGGGACAGUCCUGGUGAACUCCAAUGCUAUCAAAAACUUGCCCGGUGCUUCUGGUAGCAAAGGCGCCGACACCGUCAGUCAGAGUCCGCGCACUUCUCCCUCCGGGAGCAUUGGACACAAAUUACCCGUGGACACCUUGCAGCAGUCAGCUGUCUGCACGGAUGAUGAAGACUGUGGAGGUGAUGAAUUCUGCAACGACGCCCGAGGCGCCUGUCUGCCCUGUCGUAAGAGCCGGAAGCGUUGUGCACGGGACGCUAUGUGUUGCGCAGGAAACCGCUGCAGCAAUGGUGUUUGCCAGGCUAAUGACAUAGAUGGUGCAGAUGCAUCCGUCAUCACUGGCUGGCACAAACACAACAACACCAUGGAGCAUCACGCCAAGAAGCCUCCCACUGCCCACACCAAUCAGCCUAUUCCUUGCAAAAGGCCAGGAGGGGGAUACUUGUCUGAGAUCAGCAGACUGCUCAGAGGGAUUUUGCUGUGCCAGACACUUCUGGUCUCGCAUCUGUAAGCCUGUGCUGACGGAGGGCCAGGUGUGUACGCGCCAUCGCAGGAAAGGCACCCAUGGUUUGGAGCUGUUCCAGCGUUGCGACUGCGGAGACGGUCUGGCCUGCCGACCAGAGAAAGGGGAG